AUGGCUCGCGAGACGCGGUCGAAGACGGGCAAUUCCAAGCCUCGUGUCGUCCAGGUCGUUGACACGGCCCCGACCAUCACGCGCAAGGCCGCGCCCAAGAAGAAGGCUGUCAAGCCCGAGGCCAAGGGUGCUAAGCCCGCCGGUGUGACCAAGAAGAAGGCGGCCCCGAAGAAGGAGGGCGUCGUCGCCAAGGCCAAGGCUGCCGUCAAGAAGGUCACCAAGAAGGCCGAGGCUGCCGAGACUGACGCGGAGGAGACGGUUGAGAAGGCCGAGAAGGCCGAGACGACCGAGAAAAUCGAGAAGGUAGGCGCCCGUUUGGUUUCUGCGACCCCUCGUACUUGCGCCCCGUUGUGA